CAUUUAGCGGUGCCAUUACACCCAUCCUAACAAGAUAUUUUCUUACUACGGAGUACCAUUCAAACCCGGGGAAUCUUAAAAAGAUCCAUUCUAGCUGGAGUGUGUGUUUCAAGUGCCAAAUCGACAGGCGACGGCCCAAAACAUUUCAAGCUAGAGGACCCUACGACAGUAUACUUCUCUGCUAGGUUCACCCGCAAGCCAAGAAGCCAAAGCCAUGGCGCACGCCGAUGAAUCAGCCACGACGGCGCCGCUCAUCGACUCACCGGAAACGGAGAAGACGAAGAAGCCCCGCCGCAACAUGUACGCCUUCGCCUGCGCCACGCUGGCCUCCAUGACCACCAUCCUCAUGGGCUACAACCUGGCGCUGAUGAGCGGGGCGCAGCUGUUCAUCAGGGAGGACCUGGGUCUGACGGACGAGCAGGUGGAGGUGCUGUCGGGCUCCAUGAACGUCUUCAUGCUGGCCUCCAUCCUCGCCGCCGGCCCGGCCGCCGACCUCCUGGGCCGCCGGGGCAUGCUCGUCCUCGCCAACGCCUUCCUCAUGGCCGGCGCCCUCGCCAUGUCCCUGGGAGGCUCCUACGCAGCGCUCCUGGCCGCACGCUUCGUCACCUCCCUCGGCGUCGGCUUCGCGCUCGUCGUCGCCCCCGUCUACAACGCCGAGAUCUCCCCAGCCUCCGCCCGCGGUGUCCUCUCCUCCCUCCUCGACAUAUUUGUGAACGUGGGGAUUUUGUUGAGCUACGUGUCCAACUGGGCGCUGGCGGGGCUGCCGGUCAGGCUCGGGUGGCGUGUCAUGUUCGGCAUCGGGGUGCUCCCACCGGUGCUCCUGGCGGUCGCCGUGCUAGCCGUCAUGCCGGAGUCGCCGCGGUGGCUGGCUAUGCGGGGCCGUGAGUCCGACGCACGUGCCGUCCUUUUACGCGUCUCCGACACGGCCACCGAGGCCGAGCUCCGGCUGGACGAGAUCAAGCAGGCCGUCGCCUUCUCCGAGACCAUCCCGAAACCUUCAGAAUCUUCUCGGUCGUCGUCUAGCACUAACUCUAACGUGUGGAAGGAGCUCGUGCUUCGGCCGACGCCCACGGUGAAGCGUGCCCUUGUCUGCGUAAUCGGGCUCAACUUCCUCCAGCAAGCCGCCGGCGUCGACGCGAUCCUGCUCUACAGCCCGGUCAUGUUUAAAAAAGCUGGGAUGAGCUCCAAUGAAAGUAUCCUGGGCGCCACGGUGGCCAUCGGCGUCGUCAAGACGUGCUUCAUCGGCGUCGUCUCCCUCUUCUCCGACCGCGUCGGCCGCCGCCCGCUGCUCCUCCUCAGCAGCGCCGGCGUCGCCGCGUCCCUCACCGCCCUCGCGCUCACGCUUUCCUUCGUCGUCCCCGGCUCCGGCGAUUCUUCAUUGUCAGUGUCCAUGUGCGUGGGGUUCACGCUGGUGGCGGUGGCAUUCUUCUCGUGCGGCUUCGGGUCGCUGCCGUCGACGGUGUCGGCGGAGAUCAUGCCGCUCCGGCUGCGUGCGCAGGGGUCCAGCCUCGGCAUGGCGGCCAACAGGGUCACCUGCGGGGCCGUCACCAUGAGCUUCCUGAGCCUGGCCGGGUGGAUCUCCAUGCCUGGCUGCUUCUUGCUUUACGCUGGCUUGGCGGCCACGGCUUGCGUGUUCGUGUUCCUCCGGCUGCCCGAGACCCGGGGCCGGAGCCUCGAGGACAUGGACGUGCUCUUCUCCAACUCCAAGUGAUUGAUUUGAGAGAACGCUCUGUUGACUUGACUGUUGUUGUUGUUGCUUUGAGUCUUGAUCGGCGACGUGGAUAUAUGCUUCGGGGUCUUAUGCUGGACUAUCGUGUUUGUUUCUCUAGUCUGCAGAUGACAGAAACUUUUCAAGUCACCAAUUAAGUGAUUGAUGCGCAUCUCGUUUUUCCAUUUUUCUGUGGAUCGGUGAUGUACGUGCCCAGUUUAUGCGAUUGAUAUGAAGAAAGAGCCCGAUUAUAAUA